ACUUAGAGUUAGAGGAACCUAACCGCCCGUCUAAAAUGGGUAGCUUCAGCUUUCUUGGUUGAGUGAAUUUCAAAACUAGGGCCUUUUUAAGGUAGGGCGUACUGCGCAUUGUCCUAUUCGGCCCUUUGUUCUCGUUCUAAAAUUUCUAUUUCAAGCUUUCACUCGACAAAUGGCGAAUGAGCAACAGCUUUUGCGGCCAUGGUUCCUCGACUUGGUGCCAUACAUGGUCGUUUUAUUAAUUGCUGCUCAUGUCCUCGCUUUGGUUUACUGGAUUUAUAGAUUAGCUACUGAAAGACAGCCUCAGCGACGAAAGGCUCACUAAACCUACACUUCAAUAUAGAGAAAGGUUUGUUUUACCAUUUAAUAAUUGCGUUUUUGUUAUUUUUUUGGUACUAAAUUCAAGCUUUUUAAGCUUGAAUAUUAAUUGAUUUUUGCUUCGUGUUUGGUUUGCUAAUAAGCUUGGAUGUGGAUAGUGAGCUUGGUUUAAAAUGGUGAUCUAUGUAAAAUUUGAUUGUUCUUCGAAUGCUGAUUGCCAUUUUGGUUAAGUUAUCGUGUUGAUUUGUAACAGAACUAAGAAACUGAAAUUUCCAUUGGUUAUACCAUUAUCUUC